AUGGAGUUCAUUGAACUACUCAUUAAGGAGGAUGUGCGCCGCUAUAGGGAUUCCAAUGGCACCUCCGAAAGAGAGAAGCCGACAAGAGUGCAGUCUUACAAGGCCCUCGUGCAUGAGGACAAGGCUCUUUUGAAUGGGAUGUCUCUCGAUGACGUACGUUUGCACUACCAGCAGUAUCUCGAAGCUGUCCCCGCGGAAGAGGAGAGGGGGCGACCCUUGACGAACGAGACCUUCUGCGUUGUUAUCGAUGAUGAACUCGUUGAGCAUCUGGCUACGGCUGAGAAGGAGCAGCUGCUUGCCCUGAGUGCCAGGGGAACAUUCGUCGCCAAGAAAACUGCAUACUGGGUCAAGGUGGUGGAGACGGGUCCAGCAGAGGAAGAUGAUGCAGGGUGGAUGAAGUGUUCUACUUACCGGCUGUGGACCUUGUGGGCUGAUAUGGAUGCCAUAACGGGAAUGUCAUCUUGGAAUGCCAUGAAUGAUGGUCCUUUUACUGGCUGA